AGGUUAUAUACAUAACAAACAGUUCCAGGGAAAUACACUAUCUAUAGAACGUUAGAUUCUCUCUCUAAUGGUGCUGUUCUUUGUCAAUGAUCAUAUAGAAGUACCUGACAUAAUGAAGGGAGUCGUUUUUGCUUAGUCGAUUUACGCGAGUUGAGACGCUGGACGUCCACGUCCCCAUUUCCAAAAUGCCGACUUCUUGUGGCAGAAAGAUCAGAAGUUUCGAAGCUUGGAAGUCGGAUGGGAAUUGAUCCUUGAUUUAGUCGGAAAAUGUCAGGAUGUGAGAAUCAUUGGAACAAGGCCAUGCAAAUGCAUGGAUUCAAGAAUGAGCCUGCAAAAUUCGGUGCUUCUAAGGGGGUCUCUACGGGUAGAAGGACGUUCUCGUUUCGUAGGCAUGUUAAGACCGUUGGUUUCGUGUUUCUGUGGAUGGUUUUCUUCCUCCUGUUUGAUGAGUUUAUGGUGUCUAUAUUUGAUUCGGUAAAUCUUCGCAAUGUUUCAAGACCGGCCAAAUCAAGCAGGCCAAAGACAGGAAUGCCUCUGGUGAAGUAGAAAAGCCAGCGGUAAAAAUGUACGACCGGCUUCUGCAUAUGGCCUCAACAGCACUCGCCGAGGGAGAGUUCAAGCAAGAGUCGUCUAGUUUCUGGGAGGAACAACAUAGGCAAGCCUCUCUGUGGAAGCCCUGUGCAGACAAAAAGGUCCACACAGGUUCAGGAAAAUUGGGUAGUAGCCGAGGGGAUAAUGGCUACAUACUAGUCAGUGCUAAUGGUGGACUAAAUCAACAGCGAGUUGCGAUCUGUAAUGCUGUUGCUGUUGCGUCUCUUCUAAACGCCACUCUGGCUCUUCCAAGAUUUCUGUACAGCAAUGUCUGGAAAGAUCCUAGUCAAUUUGGGGAUAUUUACCAAGACAAGUACUUCAUGAAGACUCUGGAGGGAGAUGUAGACAUUGUCAAGGAACUUCCCCCUCAUCUGAGAUCUGUGGAUUUUGAAGCAAUUGGUAGCCAAAUUACUGAUGCAGAUAUUGCGAAGGAGGCCAAGCCAGCCGAUUAUAUCUCAGGUGUGCUUCCGAUCCUAAAACGGAACGGAGUUGUACAUUUCCUUGGAUUUGGAAAUCGCCUAGGCUUCGAUCCAGUGCCAUUUAGUCUUCAGAGAUUAAGAUGCAAAUGCAACUUCCAUGCCCUUAAGUUCAUCCCGAAAAUCCAAAGGGCAGGUUCAUUGUUGGUAAGGAGGAUCAGAAGGUAUGAUGCUUCUCGGAAUACGUUAGACAAACAAUUGCUCGGAAACUUCCUACCAGUGCCACCGCUAGGAAGACACAACAUCGCAAGAGGUCGGUCCAAAUAUCUAGCCUUGCACUUGAGAUUCGAAGAGGACAUGGUAGCAUACUCCCAAUGUGAAUUCGGAGGCGGUGAGGAUGAGAGAAAAGAACUUCGAGCUUAUCGAGAAGUUCAUUUUCCUCUGGUCAUGGAACGCUUAAAGAAGACAAAGUAUGUGUCUCCGGCAGAACUGAGAAAGUUGGGCAGAUGUCCACUGACACCAGAAGAAGCCGCACUUGUUCUCGCCGGCCUCGGCUUUAAGCGAGACACGUUCAUCUACCUGGCGGGGUCGGACAUAUAUGGAGGAAUGUCGAGGAUGCGACCGCUCACCGGCCUUUAUCCCAACUUGGUCACAAAGGAAACUCUCCUCGCUCCAAGCGAACUCUCCCCGUUCAGGAACUUCUCCUCCCAGCUAGCGGCAUUGGACUUCAUCGUAUGUGCAACCGCUGAUGUGUUUGCCAUGACCGAUUCGGGGAGUCAACUUUCCUCCUUGGUGUCCGGAUUCCGCACUUACUACGGCGGAGAACAUGCUCCCACCUUGCGGCCCAGCAAGAAGAGGCUGGCGGCAAUUUUGGCACGGAGCGCCACCAUAAGAUGGAAAACGUUUGAAUAUAAAGUCAGGAAGUCGAUUGAGGAUGGCCAGAGAUCGCAAGUGAGGCGUUUCGGGCGGAGCAUAUAUCGCCAGCCCAGGUGCCCGGAGUGCAUGUGCAAGUCCCCCUACCAGUCCCAUGUCGCGCCCUCGAGAAAUUCCUCGUGAGCCUCUUUCGCCUUUUCGACGAGCGAUUUGUACAUAGUAAAAGGGGUGGCGGC